AUGACCAAUAAAAAGCCUUCUGACAAGGUAUUUCCAAUUACAACAUUUAUCUCCGACUUACCGACCAACCUCAUCCCACAGCCUUCCUUCUCAUCUUUGGAAAAUGGCCCUCAAAGUCGACGCUUGGUCAUUGUGGGCGACAUACAUGGGAUGAGAAAAUCCCUUGAGAACCUCCUAAAAAAAGUUGGAUUCGACAAAGCCAAAGGGGAUCAUCUUAUCUUGACCGGUGACAUUACCAACAAAGGGCCUGAUAGCUCUGGUGUUGUCGAUUUAGCGAUCAAGCUAGGCGCCAGCGCAGUCAGAGGCAAUCACGAUAAUGCAGUCCUUGAUGCGGCGGCUGAAGUAGCCACCAAUGGUGGUGAUUUUGAACUGUUCAAAAAUUUGUUUGGUACCUCAAAUACGUCUGAGCAUACGACUCUAUCCGAAGGCCCUGGGAAGACUGUAUCUGCUGCCAACAUUAAAACGCGACAUGGCCCAACAACAUAUAAUACGGCAUCACAGCUUUCAGCGCAUCAAAUUGAAUGGCUCGCCGCAUUACCAUUGAUCUUGCGCAUCCAGCUUCCACAGGAUAUACCGUCCUCCCUCGGCAACAAUCUAGUUGUCGCACAUGCGGGUCUCGUUCCUGGUGUCCCACUUGAAGAGCAGGAACCUCAUUCUGUACUACAUAUGAGAAGUCUCACUCGAAAACUGGGUCAGGAAGAUGAAUUCACGCCAGAUGAGUCAUUUGGAGAAGAGGGCUGGGCUGCGGAAUGGGACCGAUGGCAAGAGAAGCUCGCAUCACCGACUACGGUGGUAUUCGGACACGAUGCAAAACGCCGUUUGCAACUGGGCACAUAUACAAUCGGCCUGGAUACAGCAUGUCUAUAUGGCCAUCAAUUAAGCGCUCUUGUGAUCUCGGUUACCGACGCAGGGUUUGAGCAUCAAAUCAUUCAAAUGGACUGUGCUGAUACACCUGUGGUUCCAACAGCCCCUGCCAAAGAAGAUGACAAGACGACGGUUGAUAAAUAG